UUUCUUUAACAUUAAUUAAACUGUUAAAAUCGUUAAGUAGUAAGAAUUGAAGCAUGUUAGAAUAAUAGUAUGAAAAUAGCUCUACAUUUACGAACACAUCAAGUUUGACAUUAAAAUGACAGGCGAUGCCAAAAACAGAUGUGACAUAUCUAUUGUUGUAAAUAAUCUUUUUUUUUAAUUUAAACAAAUAAGACUUCUGAUUUAUCUUUUAAUGAUUUAAGUCAUAUUUUUAAAAAUUUUCGUUAUAUAAAGAAAAUAAACAUUAACCAAGAGUUAAUAAACGAAUUCGCAAAUGUCAGAGCAAUUGGAACAACAAGCGGAAGAACGCGAAGCGUUGCAGUCCAUUUACGAAGGCGAUAAUGCUUUUAAAGAAUUGGAUAAAGCCACUUACCAAUACAAAUAUGGUGAGGACAAUGAUUAUAAAUCUUUUUUGGUUGAAAUAAAAUGGGGUGAGAACUAUCCGAAUGAACUACCUGAAAUUAAUAUGGAUACAUUUUAUAACAGAACUUUAGUUUCUACCGUUAAGGAGAAAAUUAAAGCUGCAUUGCUUCAGGAAGGUGAGUUAUGGAUAGGCUGUGGUAUGACAUAUACGCUGUUUGAAUGCCUUAAAGAACGUAUCGAAGAAUUAACUGCUGACCAACCUGAAAGUUCUACCGCGCAAGCUGUGGAUUUUGAAAGCGUUGGUGUCAGUUCAAUUAAGAUAUCGGAUAAUGCGGAUACUAAGAAAAAGGAACCAAAAAAAGAGCAAUUAACUAAGGCGCAGAAACGUCGUCAGUGGGAACGAACUGACCAUCGUGGUGAUCGUCCACGAGGCUGGGAUUGGGUAGAUAUAGUUAAGCAUUUAUCACAAACUGGUAACAAACAAGAUGAUUCAGCGACAACUCAGAAUGUGGUUUUGCAGUCACUCAACAGUUAAUCGCAGAAUAUAUUUUUCAAUGGUAACCUGAAUUAUAAUUCAUAAACAAAGACAACAAAUGCAUAUUUUACAUUUAAUUACUCAACUUGUAAAUACUGAUGAUAUUUAAUAAAAAUUGCAAUAU